GGCUGACCCCGGCUCCUGCUCACCCUAUAGAUGUCGCCCUCCGGCCGCCUGUAUCUCCUCACCAUUGUGGGCCUGAUUCUCCCCACCAGAGGACAGAGAUCCGAGGAGGCCACAUCCAUUUCUCUAGCAGACUCAACCACUGUGAACAUUCAUGCCCUGACUCAAACCCCAGAUGCAGUUCAUCCAGAACUCCCGUCCACCCCUCAGACUUCAACCCUGCAGGCUGGUGUAGAAACACCAACCCAGACGCAGCAACUGAAGGGAGAGACUGUGCUUCUAACCACAGACCCGGGGACGGAUGAGAGCAGCACGGAAGGCACCACACUCUCCAAGCAGUCUCCAGACAAAGACUUCGCAACAGACCCUGCACACAGGCCUACUGAUUCAAGUGAAGACGAUCCCUUCUCCUAUGAUAAUUACACUCUACGGAAACAUGGGCUGUUGGUCGCAGCUGUGCUGUUCAUCACAGGCAUUGUGAUCCUCACCAGUGGCAAGUGUAGGCAGUUGCCCCGAUUAUGCCGGAAGCAUAACAGCUUACCAUCUCCUUCCCUUCACAGAGCCUACAGAGUCACGAAAGCCCAGCCUGAGAGGGAAGACCCAGAUGGAGCCAGAGCCAGGGCCGAUGGCCUGAACCCCCUACCUUCCCAACCCUGCCUGCCCUGAGGGCUGUCCAGCUCCCCAGGCACUACCCUCACGUUGACCAUUCUGUCAGAAAAAAAGUAAAGUACUGCAAUCCUUGUCUGUCAA